AUGUCGAACUCUCCGCGAGGGCUGAAGAUUGUCAUGUUUGGUGAUGAUCGCGUCGGCAAAUCAGCUUUUUUGCAAAGAUAUGCACGUCGUGAGUUCUUAGCUGAAUAUAGCCCAUCCCAUCAACCAGAAUUCUACACGAUAGCCAUCGAAUUCAACAACGCCCUCGUCACAUUCGACAUAUGGGACAUACCACCUGGCAUUCCCAGCGACGACCUCAUUCGCGACAGCGAUGGGGGAAUCCUUAUGUUUGACCUCCAGAGACCGAGCACUUAUGAAAGUAUUCCUCGAUAUUACACCAACAUGCUCCCCGUCUUCAACUGCAAAGACAGACUCCCAAUCCCUGUGGUGAUCUGCGGGAACAAGGUCGACUAUAUCGAGCGAAAAGUCAAGCCGCCGCAGAUCACGUACCACCGGGAGAAGGGAUUGCAGUAUUAUGACUUCUCGGUCAAGUCUUUGUACAACUUUGAGAAGCCGUUGCUGUUUCUUGCGAGGAGAAUAUUGGGGGAGCCGCAGUUGGAGUAUGCGAUGGUGCCGGAUGUGGGCGAACAACUUGAGCGGGAGAGACGUGGGGAACAGUAGCCUUAGGUUGCUGUGAUGGUUAGAUGUCAGUUGCGAUUCAUAAUCAGUUUUGUUGAUCUGGGGUAUGCGAGAAAUGGCCAGUGUAGGGAAGCAUCUACGGAGGCAUUGGUAUGUGAGUGCAUUUCCGCAUUUCAAACCCGUCGAGUUAAACCUGCGUUCAGUAGGUGGAGGUCGUCACGUGGUGUUGCCGGUAGAUUAGAUGACUUUUUCGGAGAUCAAGACAAGAUGACGAUGCAAGAAAAGCGCAAGGACGCUUAGAAGAAGAAAUUGUUCGUUUUUCCAUUCAUUACGGACGCCGGGUCUGGGUGGCCUCCUGCAUAUAAAUGCUCAAGUCCUUGACUUGCACACCGAUACAUCCCAAUUCUUCCUCCAGCUAUGGUAUAUUUCCUUCAAAUCCCAUGCUCAUGAACCGGACGUACUCGGUGCUUUUUCCAAUUGCCUCAUCUAAGAACCGUGCGCGCUCAAACGACAUAACGCCCCAGAAUUGCCCCGUUUAGAAACCUAUCACACUGUCAGCACAUGCCUAACCCAUAUAUCGUCGUGCAACAUACGCAGAGGAGUGAAGAACCACCGGUUCUUGCCGCUGGUGUAUCGGUCCUCGAGAGCCUUCUUGACGGUCUUCUUGGCAUCCUCGCGCUGGGAAACUUCCUUGAAGGUAUCGGCGGAGACAACACCCUUGAGACCCUCGAGCUCGAGAGUGUAACGGGUGGGCAUCAAGUGGUUGUAGUUGACGACCUUGAUGAAGGGCUUGAUGCGGCUGCGCUUCUCGACGGUCUUCUUACCCAUGCGGCGGGUGACCUUGAGGGGGUAGCGCUCGAUACCGGCGACGAUGGCGUAGGAGAAGGGGUGAGCCUUGGAGCCAGUGUCCUGAGGCUGGACAAUGACGACCUGUAGAUUCCCAAACAAUCCUCGUCAGCAUAUCCCACACGCAAUGGCCAAGCGCAUUUCCCAAGUCUCUCGAUUCUUUCAUUCGCUCGCAAUCCUCCCAGCCUUCAGGCCUCUUGAGUCGUCGAUCGAUUCUCCGGUAUCCCUCUCCUCUCCAGCGCAUUUCCCUCCGCAAAAACGAUGGACGGGUGUCUUGUCGUACCUUCUUACCGGCGUAACGGCCACGGGUGAUGAUGGCCACACGGCCCACUUUCAUGACUAUCGCGACAUUCCUAUCAGCUGGGAUCGAAGACAAUGAUUCAUUCGCGAGGGUGAGCAACUAACACUUCAUUGUGCGAGUCCGGUGAGCGGCAGGUCGAUGGGGUUGUUGUCGAUAUGCUGCGGUCGAAGAUUGAGGUUCUCCGCGCCAACGUUCUUUUUUCGCUUGAAAGAGGGUUCAGGGCAAAAUUCGUUUGUGUGCCACACGUCCAUUGGGCAACUUACCGAUGACUGGGAGCUAAUCCAGAGACGGGCAAUUUCUCCAAGAGGACUAGUGCAGUGGGCUGCUCGGCGUCCGGAAAAACCUGCGUUAUCGAUCCGCAG